AUGGUCGAGGAAGAAGAAGAAAAAAUGAAGAAAAUGAGAGUGCGCAUCGAACGCGAUGCGUACUCGGUACUUCUGUCUUUCAAAGAUGGCGCUUCCCCGAACCAAGUGGAGCAAAGAAUGGAUGACACUCUUGGUUACACAUACAAUGGAAAGUAUCACCUGGCCGGUGUGUACGAUAUGUCACAAAUUCUACGGGAACAUCCGAAAGUACGACGAAAUGUUGACGGAAAAUUCAAAAUCAUUGCUACCGAAGAGAAUCAAGAUCUCGUUGCUCUGAUCGCCAAACAGAAAGACAACAAAGGGAAGAAGAGAGGUGUUUCGGGAAAAGGAGGACGUCGAGCCGUAACUUCCAUUGGGCACCAUCACCGGAGUGGUUUGAUUCUGCGAUCUUCUCCUAAGUUCUCUAAUGGAAUGAGGCCAACUUCUUCUACAGGAAAAGCCAACAUUGCAAAACAGUUUUCCAAUGUUCCCAACUUUGGUCGUCCAUUAACUUCUGCUGCAUCUCGUCCCAUAACUUCCAAACUCGGAGGUGCUCCUGGAAUGUUCUAUAAUCGGCAAUCAUCCUUUGGUACUACCUCAAACAAGAUACCUGCUCCAGCCAAGGCUCCCACUCUUCCACUUCAACGACCUCUUGUUCGUCCUAAAACUGCGUCUUCGGUUUCCAGCAAUUCUGCGUCAUUGGUCAGCAGUCGUUCAACUGUUACAGUCGCUCCACCAUCUAUAUCAGCACAACCACCAAAUCACAUUCCUUCUAUUAAGGAGUUCUCUGACAACGCUAAGAUUAUGAUGCUAAAGUUGUAUCCAGAAUCGAUUCACCUCUCGGAAAUGACUGAACGGUACAGUCAAGAAUAUGGUAACCCUGUUGAGCCGCUUCAGUUGUUCAGCAAGAGUUGGAUGAUGUUAGUGAAAUCAACCUUCAAAGAGUGGCUACAGAUAAAAGAUGGAGAAGUUUCUUUGAAGGAAGAUUGGUUCGCGAGAUUUGGAUCCGCUUUGAAAAAAUCACUCUCAAUCAAUGCAUCUGGUUAUACAAAGACAUCAGAGGUCCCUUCCAAAUCCGCUACAUCAGUUUCAUCUUCAUCUAUUCCUACGACGCUUCCAAUAAAUCAAGGCUUCCGUUAUCAAAUUCCAGCAUCGCAGCCAAAAUCUCCUAUCGAGCUCGCUACGCAACAAAUGAGAGGACUCACCAUGGGAGCUCGUCACGCUCUGCGAACUCCAGACAAACCCCCCGGUUUGGCUCCUAAAAACUCGUCGAAGCUGAUGGUGACAGUUUUCCCAGGUCUUCAAUCAGUUCAGAAAGACUCGAAAUCGACGACUUCUAACGGAGUAAUCAAAAUUGGGUCUUCAGAGAAUUCAGCCUAUACAUACCGGGCCGUAUCUAGGAGACCAGAUGCGAUGAACGUGGAUUGUCUUAGAGCAGGUUUUCAACAUGCUACUGAAAACUCUAAACUACCUCGUGAAGCAUUCGAUCUCGCUGCAUAUCAGAAAGUGUUAUCAGUGGAUCGAAGCUAUGACGCUAAGCAACUGAGAAACCUGAAAAUGGUCGAAAAAACAAAUACAUUAAAAUACACCGUAGCUGAGGCUUUGAACGAAAAUCCUCAACUAAAGAAAACAGCGAAGAAACCACUCAGGACCUCACCGUCGGGCACGAGAGCGAAUGCUUCCUAUCCUUCAGGAAGAAACUCGACAGGAAACAGAGAACCGAACAACCGAAUAAUUGGACGCGCUCUUGCCGAUAUUCAUAAGCAGAACGAUGAGCAGAAGCCGCUAAUGAAGAACAAAUCGGUUCGCGAGGAAACAUCUUCGUUUGAAUCAAAAUCCAAGUACGAUGAGAAAUCACUGUACGUGUCGUCUUCGGCUACUCCAACAUCUAACAAAAAGACAGAAGUCAACUCUUCCAAGGACUCGGAUUCUGAUGAUGGGUGGAGUAUCUCUGACCAGUCGGAUAAAACAGUGACAAAUUCACCACCUCCAGUUUCCACUCGCAAGCCGGUGUUGCCCCCUAUGUCUAAAGGUGCUUCUUCGAAACCACAACUCCGAUCUCGUCCAGUUUCUAUGUGUUCUUCGAUCUCAUCGUUGGAUUCAUACGAACGGGCUUUGCAUGCAACUCUCCCAGACGAUGAAGCCUGGUGA